AGCCAAAAUUCAAAAAGCGAGAGACCUCUCCAUUUUCCCUCUCUCUCUCUCUCUCUCUCUCGCUCCUUCGCCGAUGGAGAAGCGGCUCCGCUCCGCCCUCAAAUCCUCGCCGGAAGACUUCCUCUCCGCCGUCGCCAACCUCAGCCUCAAAUCCUCGAAGCCCGCCCUCAAAUCCAUCCUCCACUCCCAGCCCCUUCCUCUCUCCUCCUCCUCCUCCGCCUCGCCGUCGCUCCCUCUCUCUCUGCACCGCGCCAUCUCCCGGUCCGUCGCCUCCCUCGACGGCCUCCUCCGCGGCCCCCCCGAUGCCGACCCCGGAGGCGACCUCCUCGCCUCCCCUCCCCCGAAGCGCCCCCGCCGCUCCUCCCGCCUCUCCGAGCCCCGGGGCGGCGGCGGCGGCCCCGACCCCCCCCCGCCGCCCAGCCUCGGCCGCCGGAAGCAGGAGCUCCUGGAGAGGCUCCGGGUCCUGGCGCACGUGGCCCGGCUGUGCGCCUCGGCCGCCGCUCCCGGGGUGUGCCCGGCGGGCGAUCUGCUGCCGUCGGCACGGGCGCUGCACGAUAAUCUGGUUCUCUUCGAGUCGGACUCGGUGUUGUCCGGGGAGAUCGUGGGCUUGUGUGAGGAGUGGUGGAAGGGCGAUCUGCCCGGGAGGGAGAAUUUGAUCUCGCAGUUCCUGCCGUUCCUUGUGUCGAGGUCCUUGACUCUGAAGAAGAAGGUCGACGUGAGCAGGGUUUACGCGAUGCGCGAUGCGUUCGGCUUGUUCGAUUUUGAGGAUGACAGCAUCGAGGACUUGAAGAUGUUGCUGAUUCGGUGUGUGAUCUCGCCGUUGUAUUUGAAGACCGAGGAAGGGAAGCGAUUCGUGGCGUUCAUGUUUGGGCUGAGCAGGCAGCUUGUGAAGGAGGUUUUGGCGAUGAUUAAGUCGCAGAUUCCCUUCGGGAGGAAGUCGAUGUUGGAGGCGUAUGGGGAUAUACUGUUCAGGGCGUGGAAUGCUGCGGAGGGAGAUUCAAAAAACGAGAUUGAAAACGGGUUUUUGCAGGGUUUAAUCGAAGGGGCGAUACACUCGAGUUCCACGGCACUUGCGACAUCGAUCAGAAGAGUCUUGGGUGGGUUUAUCAAUCAGCGAACUGUUGAUGGCGUCGAGAAGGUCCUUUUCCGUUUGACCGAGCCAGUGCUUUUCCGCUCGCUACAGGUCGCAAACUCAGAUGUUCGACAGAAUGCACUGCACUUACUGCUGGACGUGUUCCCUCUAGAAGAUCCAGAUGCCACUAAAGAGGUUAAGGACAGCUUACUUGACAGACAGUUCUAUUUGUUGGAAAGACUGCUCAAGGAUGAUUGUCCCGACGUAAGAGUUGUUGCAGUAGAAGGUUGUUGCCGCAUCCUUAAUCUGUUCUGGGAAGUUAUUCCUUCAUCUACCAUCACCAAGAUUAUCACAAGGAUUUUUGAUGACAUGGCGUAUGACAACUGCAGUGAAGUUAGGCUUUCCACUAUAAAUGGAGUCGCGUAUUUGCUUGGUAAUGCACAGUCACAUGAGGUUCUUAAAGUGCUACUACCAAGACUCGGGCAUCUGAUUACAGAUUGUACUCUUUCUGUGCGAGUUGCACUAAUUGAACUUCUCCUCCUCACUAGAGAUAUUCGAUCCUUUCAGUUCAAUAAGGUGGUAACACUAGAAGCACUAUUGUCCACGCUUGCAACUGAUCAGGCACAAGUUGCACAAAAGAUCACAAGAUUGCUUUUGCCAUCAUAUUUUCCCUCCAAAGUAACUUUUGAAGAGGCAUGUAAUCGAUGUGUUACGCUUAUUAAGAGGUCGCCCAAGGCUGGAGCAAGGUUUUGUGAGUAUUCUGCCUCGGAAGGUGCACCAUUGAAGUCUCUUAUGCAACUUUUCAAAGUAUUUAUCAGUUUUGUCUUGUCAACCAAUAAGCUGAAUGAAGAUCAGAUUGAGGGUCUACUUCAUGCUGCUGCAUACAUUUGUAAGCAACUUGUUGGUGAGCCAUCAUACAAGGAUGCCCUGAAGGAAAUGUUUGCAAAUGACAAGCUGAGGUGCUUAUUUGCUGCAGCACCAACUGCGCAUGCUCAAUCUUCUGUUCUCAAUAUCGUCUCUGCCAUCUCCCCAGAUGAUGUGUCAGGGCUCAUUGAAGAAUGUGGGCGCCUAGUCAUGGACUGUAUUGGCAUAUGUGAAAAUGAAGAAAGACAAUCUGAAGUAAGAAGUGCCCAUAAGUUGUUGCUCUCUUAUGAUCGAUGCGGUGAUAUGUUUGACGCUUUCUCAAAAUUGCUGCAAAAUGCUGCUUUCCAUUGCCAUAAGAAUUUUGGCAUUGAUAUGUCAGAGAAGCAGAGUAUUUCCUCUUCAAAAAGGAAAAAAAGUCAGUCAUCACUGAAAAAUUUAACUAAAAAGAGAAGUGUCAGCCAGCAGACACCAUCGAGCUUUGAGGAUGGCUAUUUGGCUGCUGUAGGAGUAGCCUGGCAAAUAAAAGACUUGCUUGGAUGUGAGGACUCUCGGAAGGCUAUGUUGGCUUCUUCAUCUUGUGAACUGAUUCUUAAUACUCUAAAGGUUAUUGCCACAGCCAGCAUUGUGGAGUGUGUGAAUGUUGAAUACAUGAGCAUAUACCCUCUCUUGGCAUAUACAACUUUGGUGCUGCAUAUGGCCUCGGCAGAUCUUAGCCUGAGUAGUUCACAGAGCUCUCGCAACAGGACAUAUAGCACAUCUGACCCUUCAAGAGCAGCGAUAGAGGUUAUGGAUCAGUUGCUAAAUUGUGUGGAGAAGCUGCUCAGAGCUGGUGGUCCUGUUAAUCCUGCCUCAGGACAAAAAGAGAAGGAACCAGCAACAGAUGCCUCUAAACCAAGCGAUACUGGCUCUCUACAAUCAACGGGAAAAAGGAUAUCCAGAAAGGUGACAAUGCUAACUGCAAUUUUCAAGUUCAUAAGUGAUGCCAUAACCUUGAGAUUUUAUUCUGGCAAUUAUGGGAGAUGCUUACACUACGCAUCAGCAGCCGUUCGACAGAUUAUCUCAGAUUUAGCGCAACUAUCUAGCUACUCAUUGCAUUUUACAGAGGAUGACAUGAAAGAAAUAACCAUGUGUCUGAAGAGCUCCUUCACUUACAUGGUAAAAUUGCUUAAUCUAGUCCUUACAGACACCAGCGAAGCUUCAAAAGUUCAGUUGGAAAUCUUUGAUCUAGCCAAUCAUUUGGUCGAUCUGAUAAUUAGCGUCGAGUUAUCAUUGGGAUACGGAUGCGCCAUGCGUCUUAUUGCAGCAGCAAAACCAUGGCUGCCCGAUUUGGUUGUGGCCCUGGGAUCCACAUAUGUGCUGAACAAGAUCCAUGGAGAUAUUUCUCUAACCAUGUCAGAUAUUUCAACCCAUUUUCCAUCAUGGCCUUCGGUUGUAGCAAGAAUGGAAGUAGAUGAACUCUCUGAAGAUUGUUCUGAAGUGGAGGAUGAGAGCAUCUCACAAUCCGAGAAGUACCCAGCAUUUAAAAAGGUAAUGCGAACGGUAGUCGUUCUGCUGAAAGCAAAUGCUAAUCUACUUGAUGCAGUUGGGAUGAUUUUCUUGGCUGGUUCAGUGAUUGGGCUCGAGAGGGAUAAUGACGGCCUUGUGUUGGGACUCUUGCACUUUGUGACUGCGAAGCUAGUUGGGCAGGAAAAUCGACAUUGGGAUCGACUUGAUAUGAUGUUGGCUUCUCUUGAUCAAAUCUAUCUUGCCAUAGAGAAAAAGCUUGGAGAACAAAUUUCAGGGUAUAGACAGAACCAAUUGAAUGCCGCUCGGGCUUUGCUUGAACCUGUCUGGAUGAAUAAUCACAGCUUUGAAAGUGGUAGACUUCCUGAGAUGGAUGAACAAUAGCCGGGGCGUAUGCGCAACUUGUACAGAUAACUACUCUUGGUCUACAGACUUGGGGGAAGUUUGUCAAAUUGUAAGGCGGAUAAGAUACCCAAAUCUUAUGAGAAUUUUGUUGUCGUAUUCAAGCUAGUAAACUUCUCGUUUA